CCCCGCCCGCCGCGCGCGCUGCAGAGCCGCCCCAGCCUCCGCCGCAGCUGCAUGCUCCAGCGCCGUCGCCGCCGCCGCCCCGCCGCGCCCCGCCCGCCCGCUCCAGCCGCGCCUCGUCCGCCGCCCGGCUCCGCUCCUCCUGCCCCCGGCGGUGGCGCCCGCACCCCGGCUGCAUGAUCAGGCUACAGUCUUCAAUGAGUAACCGUCGUCCUUUCUGUGGUGUUCUUGGUCACACAUUUAUGGAGUUUCUGAAGGGCAGUGGAGACUACUGCCAGGCACAGCACGACCUCUAUGCAGACAAGUGAACUGU